AUGGAAGACAUCUUCACACAUUUCAGCAUGUUUUUCAGAACUUCCAUGUCCGUCGGGACCGAGAAAAACGCCAAGAAUAUGAUCACCUUCAUGUGCGAACGAUCGUCCAGUGAACAACUUCUUGUAAGAAGAAUGAAUGAUAAGGUAACUUUUGCAAAAAUUGAACGAGAUUACGAAGAACGAUUUCUCAGUUCAAGGAGCUGAUGUCCGAAGCUUCGGAUGAGUCGCCGGAAUACAACGAGAGUAUCACGACCAACGCUGCCAGCGACCAUUCAGUCCUGAUCCCCAACUUCUCUGGAUUGAGAAACGCGGUACAUUUUUUCUGAUAAUUUAUUUAAUCAUUUCUUCUUGACAAGGUGCCAUGCAAAUACGAAAAAAAUUACAAAAAAGAUUUUGGUUGUAUGGGCUGAAUUCGUGUGAGAAAGUUCGGCUGAUAACGUUUGGGAAAAAUUUUUCAUACUUUCCGCUCAAUCCUCUUGAAGUACGAGCAUGACACUUCUAUGAAAAAUAGGCGAUUUUUCAACCGAAAUUCUCACCUAGUACCUAUUUCAGAUCUCCACUGGAUCCUUCGAGGUCGUCGCCACGUUCGAAGCCGCAUCCGAAUCUUUCUCCAGGUAAGCUUAUUCAGCCUUAGUGAAAAAAAAAUAUUUGGAUUUCAGAAUGAAUGUGUAUGCGAGCGUCGAGGAAAGCCUCGAAAUGUUGGGCGACGUCAAAUCGGCGGCUAUCAAAGAAGGAAUCCGUGUGACGGGGUUUGUCAGAAACAGGAAAUUUCAGCAAAAAUAUAUUUUCAGAUUCGUGAGCUGUGCCAUUGGCUGUCCUUGCGAAUGUAAAGUUUUGCCUGCUCAUCUGACUCAGAUCACAAAACUCUUGCUCCGCUUUGGUUGCACUGAAGGUGAGGAAUUUUACCAUUGUUGGGUAUUUCGUAGAAAAUUGGUGCUUGGAAUAACAAAGUUGGGAUCCGUGUCUCUUGGUUCUGCAGGACUCUGAUAAAGACGUUCAAAAAAAAAGUGAAGUCAAAAUCUUACAUUGUGAAUUUUUUAUGCUUCCCUUCUUAUCACGCUUUUCGUGAUUUUAAUAAUUUACGAAAACUUUUCAGUCCACGUCAAAGAGACAAAAGUCGCACUGACGGAUUCAGCGGGAGACUUUAUCAAUAUUCGGCUCACGUCUACUCCCACGGAUGGAACUGCGGUACCGUCUGAAAACGCCAACGACAUGACACUUGUGGAUAUUCACAUUCCUGUCCAGGUCAGUAAUCUGAAAUUUGCUGGAACUUUUGUUUUCGAUUAUAAGUAUCCAUUGUAAUUUUCGGGGUCAAAAAAAUAAUUUUUUUCAUAUGAACAAGAGCCGAAAAGUUAGAAUAAAAAAAUCUUUAUUUUUUUCUUAAUACAUAUAUAACUAUUUUUUUCAGAAAGGAAUUUGUGUUGGAAACACAUCGAAUGGGGAAUCUGACGGAGUUCCUCAUCUGCCGUCCAAGGACAACACCGGGGAAGAAGCCGACGUCGUCAUCUACAAAUUCUAG